CCUAUAUUCGCUUGGUGGAAGCAAAUUGCAAGAGCUACGCGUCUACGUGGAAGAAACUUACACACUCCCAUAACUAACAAAAAAAGCGUUUCGUUUACGCACUGUCAAUUCUGCGACGGAAUUCAAAGAUGUCGUCGCUUCCGAUAUCUACACCUCAAAAUGGAUUUCCAUCGACGCCUUCGUAUACCGGUGGAGCUCCAAAUUCUAGUGCGUCUGUAAGACGCGGGUUUUUAACGUCUCAGGAACAAAACGUUGUAGAACAAGAGCCUGCCAUUAAACACAAACCUAGAAAUAACGUGGAUGGUGCAAUUCCGAAAGUUGUAGACACAACGGGUGAAUCUGUACGCGAAGCAUUUGAAGCAUUUUUGGAAUCUUUUACCGAAAGCAACACCGGCUCACCUGGUCGGUCGAUAUCGUCUUCAGCAAGUGAAAAAUUUUACAUUGCACAGAUCCAUGGCUUGGCUAUGUAUGAAAUUCAUACAGUCUAUGUCGAUUAUUCGCACUUAACCGGCUUUGAUGAAGUUCUGGCACUUGCUGUAGUUGAACAGUACUACCGUUUUGCUCCAUACUUAACACGAGCUUUACAAAAUCUUGUCGAAAAGUAUGAGCCAGAAUACUAUCGUAGUUCUCUUUCUCAAACUCACGUCUCCGUGACUCCAGCUACCAAAGCACUCGAUCAAACGUUUGAGCUUGCCUUCCACAAUCUUCCAUUCCGUUCGACUGUACGAGAUCUGCGAACUGACAGAAUCGGUAGAUUGACAACAAUCACUGGCACAGUAACCCGUACCUCUGAAGUUCGACCAGAAUUGGCUUUAGGUACUUUUAUUUGUGAAGAGUGUCAUACUGUAAUUUCCAAUGUCGAGCAAGCUUUCCGUUAUACUGAACCAACUCAAUGCCCAAACGAAAUCUGUGCAAAUAAGCGACAUUGGAAACUCAACAUCGCUCAAUCGACCUUUCAAGACUGGCAAAAAGUUCGAAUUCAAGAAAACAGCAAUGAAAUUCCUACAGGAUCAAUGCCCAGAACGUUGGACGUUAUUCUGCGAGGUGAAAUUGUUGAACGGGCCAAAGCAGGUGACAAAUGUGCUUUCACUGGCACACUUAUCGCGGUGCCUGAUAUCUCACAAUUAGGCAUUCCCGGUGUGAAACCAGAAGCAUAUCGCGACAAUCGAAGUGUUGGACGCGGUCGUGAUUCAACGAAUGAGGGCGUCACCGGCAUCAAGGCUCUUGGUGUUCGUGAUUUGACCUACAAGCUGGCUUUCUUGGCUUGCAUGGUACAACCCGCUGACGCAAACGAUCACAGUAAUGCAGAUGUUCGUGGCGACGGAUCGCAGGGAGUAGAGUCACAAGAAGAGUUUUUGCAUUCAUUGACACAGGCUGAGGUGGAUGAUCUUCGUGCGAUGGUGCAUUCUGAUCAUAUAUAUGCAAGACUUGUUAAUUCAAUUGCGCCGUCCGUGUAUGGUCACGAAAUUAUUAAAAAGGGUAUUUUACUACAGCUAAUGGGCGGUGUCCACAAGGUUACACCAGAGGGUAUUAACCUGAGAGGUGAUAUUAAUAUUUGCAUUGUUGGCGAUCCAAGUACUUCAAAGUCCCAAUUUCUGAAAUAUGUUUGUAGCUUUCUUCCGCGCGCCGUCUAUACGUCUGGUAAAGCUUCUUCGGCCGCUGGUUUAACUGCUGCUGUUGUUAAGGAUGAAGAGACUGGAGAUUUCACGAUUGAAGCUGGUGCUUUAAUGCUUGCUGACAAUGGCAUUUGUGCAAUUGAUGAAUUCGACAAAAUGGAUUUAUCGGACCAAGUCGCCAUUCAUGAAGCCAUGGAACAGCAGACAAUAUCUAUUGCUAAAGCUGGUAUUCAGGCCACCUUGAAUGCUCGAACCUCUAUCUUGGCCGCCGCCAAUCCCAUCGGCGGAAGAUAUAAUCGUAAAACGACACUUCGAAACAACAUCCAAAUGUCUGCCCCCAUUAUGUCUCGUUUCGAUUUGUUUUUCGUCGUAUUGGAUGAAUGUAAUGAAGCAGUUGACACCCAUCUGGCAAGACAUAUCGUGGAUUUGCAUCGCUUACGAGACGAUGCUAUUCAACCCGAAUUUAGUACUGAACAAUUGCAACGUUACAUCCGCUAUGCUCGAACUUUUAAGCCGAAGCUGUCCCGAGAUGCCCGUCAAGAAAUUGUAAAAAAAUACAAACAACUGCGUAUGGAUGAUGCACAAGGCGCAGGCAAGAACUCGUACAGAAUCACUGUUCGACAAUUAGAAUCAAUGAUUCGACUGUCCGAGGCUAUUGCCCGUGCGAACUGCGUUGAUGACAUUACACCUGCGUUUGUGAAUGAAGCCUACUCGCUCUUGCGGCAAUCCAUUAUUCACGUUGAACGGGAUGAUAUUGAAGUGGAAGAAGAGGAAGCUGAGCAGCAGGAGACUGAGUCAGAAAGACCCAAAGAAGCGUCUUCGCAAGUUGAGGCCGAGGGCACUCAAGUGAAGACAGAGAAACCAAAAGUAAAAAUUACUUAUGACAAGUAUGUUUCGAUGAUGAAUGCCAUUGUUCGUAUCCUUCACACUCAAUCUCAACGAGGCGAGGAAGGAAUGAUGGCUGCCGAGCUAGUUCAACAGUACCUCGAAGAAAAAGAAGAUGAAAUUCAGACAGAAGAUGAUUUAAUCUACGAAGUCGGUUUGCUCCGCAAAGUUCUAAAUCGACUUGUUCAUGAAUCUAUACUCAUGGAAAUCCAAAACAAGGCCGACAGCACAACCAAACUACCUUUUGAAGAACGAGUAUUUGCCUUACAUCCUAAUUGUGAUUAUGAAGCCCUUCUUAUUGAUGACGACGAGGUAAAACCGAAAAUCGAUUCUAGCACUCAGUAAACUACACUCUUAAUUGUUCUGUUUUGCUCAAAAAAUGGUGUAAACUUACCGACAUCAACUCUUAAGACAAUUCUGUGUUUCUUGUAUGUUUUUCCCUUUAUGCCUCCCUGUCUACCCUACUCUCAUACCUCCAUCAGUCCUUCGUUUUCAUUGUAUUUCAGAAAUCUAUGUACAGUAGCUUAAAUUUGGAUUUAAUGAAAGUUCAAA